AUGAGUUCAACUGUGACCCAUACAGCGACUUCGGUCACUGCCACGCUGCAGCCGCCUCCCCAGGUGCAAUCCAUGGGAAGGACCAAAGACGGCAGGUUGCUGAAAAUUCGUGAAUACCCAAAGUUCGCAACGCUCGAGGAAGAGCGCGUUUAUCGGAAGCAGCACUUGGCUGCAGCCUUUCGAGUUUUUGCUGAUCGUGGAUUCGAUGAGGGUGUCGCUGGGCAUAUCUCUGUCCGUGACCCGAUCUUGACGGAUCACUUCUGGUUGAAUCCUCUGUCGAUGCACUUUGCUCUUAUCAAGGUAUCCGAUUUAAUCUUAGUAGACGAGGAAGGACAGGUGGUUGAGGGCGAUGAGCCCAUCAACACUGCUGCCUUCACCAUACACUCGGCGAUCCAUAAGGCUAGGCCCGAUGUUCAUGCAGCCUGUCACGCUCAUAGCGUUCACGGAAAGGCUUUCUCUGUCUUCGGUCGAGAGCUCGAAAUGAUUACGCAGGAUUCUCUGAGAUUCUAUAAUUGCCACGCUGUUUACGGUCAGUACGGCGGGGUCGUUGUUGAUGCCGAAGAGGGCAGACGCAUUGCAGACUCCAUCGGCAAUGGGAAGGCAGUCAUUCUGCAAAACCACGGUCUCCUGACUGUUGGUCAGAGCGUGGAUGAAGCUGCCUUCUGGUUUAUUAGUCUCGAUAAGACUUGCCAGGCCCAGUUGCUUGCCGAUGCUGCUGCCGCCGCUGGUUACAAGAAGAAAUUGAUUCCUCAAGAGGAGGCGGAAUACGCCGUACAGACCGUCGGCGGCCCAGACAAGGGAUGGCUUGCAUUUCAACCUUACUACGAUGAGCAACUUGCCAAGACCAAGGGUGAUUUUCUGAAUUGA